AUGUCGGCCGCCAAUCCAGCAGCCGAGGAGGUUGACAAGCUCUCGCAGCUUCUCAACAUCACGCCAGAGACCAUCUUCUCCGUUCUCCGCGAUAGGUUCUACUCUGGUCUGCCCUACACCGCCCUUUCCGACUCCAUCCUCGUUUCGGUCAACCCGUACGCCUCUUCAGGAAACCGCAACAGCGAUGACACCUUGCGCGAAUACACAAGAGAUCAUCGCGAGACCAACAAGCAGCUACGUGGCGCCGCUUUGCCUCCGCAUAUCUUUGCUCACGCCUGCAAUGCUUACUUCUACAUGCGUCGCACCGGCCAAGACCAGAGCUUGCUCAUGGCUGGUGAUACCUCGAGCGGAAAGAGCGAGGUGCGUCGUCUCGCUAUUCGUGCCCUCAUCGAUCUCAGCGUAGCUGCUCCAGGCAAAAAAGGCGCUAAGCUCGGCGUUCAAGUCCCAUCCGCAGAAUACAUUCUGGAAGCUCUAGGCAACUCGCGAACUCUGGAAAACAGCAAUGCCUCUCGCUUCGGCAAGUACACCGAGCUCCAGUUCUCCGACUCGGGCAAGCUUGUCGGCGCAAAGACCCUCGACUACUAUCUCGAGAAGAACCGCGUCGUCAGCGCUGCUUCCAGCGAGCGCAACUUCCACGUCUUCCACUACAUGGUCGCUGGUGCUUCGGACGAGGAAAAGCAGUACCUUGGCAUCCACGACGCAGCUUCCUUCCGCUACCUCGGUCAAGCCUCUCACAUCAGAGAUGCCGACGAUGCUGCCAAGUUCAACCGCCUCAAGCUUGCCUUUAAGAAUGUUGGCUUCUCCAAACGUCACGUCGCCUCCAUCUGCCAGGUGCUCGCUGCCAUCCUCCAUCUCGGCAACAUCGAAUUCCACUACGACAGUCACCGCACUCAGGAUUCGGCAACGGUGCGCAACCCCGAGGUACUUGACAAGGUGGCCGAAUACCUCGGCAUCCCCUCCAAGUCGCUCGAGGAAGCGCUCACGUACAAGACCAAGCUCAUCCGCAACGAAGUCUGCACCAUUCUUCUCGACGCCGAUGGAGCAUCCGACCACCGUGACGACCUCGCCAAAUCUCUCUAUUCGCUCCUCUUCGCUUGGGUCAACGAGAGUCUCAACGAGAAGCUCUGUCGGGACGAUUUCGACACCUUCAUCGGCCUCCUCGGCCUUCCCGGCUUCCAGAACAUGUCUAGGGGCAACUCGCUCGACCAGUUCUGCGUCAACUUUGCCUGCGAGAACCUGCACCGCUUCAUGCUGCGCAGCGUCUUCGAAAAGCGACGCGACGAGUUCGCCGAUGAGGCCAUUGAACACCUUUCGCCCGAGAUCCCCUACUUCGACAAUGCCGAGACCGCCGUCACAUAUACUAGCGAGAACCUGCUCGAGAAGAACAGCGAGGUGGUUAGCCCCGACUUUGUCUCACUGCUCCGCGGCAGCCCGCAAGAGGCUGGCAAGCUCGGGUCGGAUCCCAAUGCUUCGACCGGAUCGUCCAUUCCAUUCGUGCGUGGCAUCUUCAACACCAAGGUGCUCAAGACCCAGUCGCAUCCUAAGAACGAUCAGACCAUCGUCGCAGCUCAGCAAUCGGUCCGACCCAUCCGUGCACCAUCUACACGCCGUCCGAAUCGUGGCAACACGGUCAAGCGCAGCGCGACGGUCAAGAAAGGCGACAACGCUGACGACGACUCGGAAGACGAUGCAGCUGAUGCCGGUGACGCUUCCACGUCCAAGAAGACUGGUGUUCGAUGUGUCGCUGGCGACUUCCGUGGGGCAUUCGACCUGCUUUUGGAGACGCUUGAGGAGACCAAGACAUGGUUCACGCUCUGCAUCCGCCCCAACGACAACCAGCUCCCCAAUCAAUUCGAAGCCCGAGCGGUCAAGCACCAGAUCACCACCCUCGGCCUCUCCGAGAUGUCGCGCAAGCUUCUCCACGAGUACAGCGUCAGCAUGACCUACGAGGAGUUCUGUCAGCGAUACGCCGACACCCCUUCGCUCCAAGCCGUGCAGAUGCGCGACGCCGUCUCAGGCGAGGCCAAGCAGAAGUUCUCGGCUGCCCGCGAGGUCAUGUCCUGGUCCGACGAGGAGGCUGCUUCGGGUCGUGUCAAGGUCUUCCUUUCUCACACCGCCUUCCGCGAGCUCGAGGAUGAGCUGCGUGCCGCCGAUCCCGAAGAGGUCAAGAACAACGAGAGGCGAGCGCAGCUCGACGCCGAUACGGCAGCACGUGGCGAGUCCGACCCCUUCUCCCCCUUAGCCGUGUUGAGCCCCGAUUUGCCACGCAGCCGCAGCAACGAUUUUGUCGGCGCUUACGGCGAUCCUUUCAAGGAUCGAUCCUCCGUCGCCUUGCCCUUGGUCGGAGGUGGGCUUGCCGAGCACGAUGACAUGCUCGAGGAGGUCAAGAGCCAGUACUCGGGCAUGACUGGUACCAUGCCAAGACGCAGCUUUGGCGGACCGCUCAGCGGCGGUGCUUCUGUGAUUGGAUCCGAGGCCUACGCGCCGUCGCGCAACAUGUUCGCCGACAUGGGCAAGAACGGUCUGAACGAGAAAGCUGGCACGGCUGCCUUCACUGAGGAGCCUCUUGGUGAAGUCGCCGAAGAAAUCGGCGUCAGCUCCACCCGUCGAAAGUGGGUCGCCUUCACCUGGGCCAUCACGUUCUUCGUUCCCUCGUUCAUCCUCCGACGCUUCCGUUCCCUCCAGAGACCCGACAUCCGCAUGGCAUGGCGAGAGAAGCUGGCCAUCAACCUCAUCAUUUGGUUCAUCUGCGGCUGCGCUGUCUUCGUCAUUGUCGUCCUCGGAAACCUCAUCUGCCCCAAGCAGCACGUCUACAGCCCGAACGAGUUUGCCACGCACAAGGGCGACUCUUCGUUCACCUCGAUUCGAGGUGAAGUGUUCGACCUCAGCAACCUCGUUGCCAGCCACAAGUCUGUAGUCCCCGUCGUGCCUGCCAACUCGAUCCUUGCGUACGCGGGAGAGGAUGCCACCGGGAUUUUCCCAGUCCAGGUCAAUGCGCUCUGCAACGGUGUCGACGGCAACGUCAGCCCGUGGGUCCAGCUGUCCAACGAGAACUCGACCGACAAGAAUGCGCAGUACCACGACUUCCGGUCCUACCACACGGACGACGCUCGACCCGACUGGUACUACGAGACCAUGUGGCUGCUGCGCUCAAACUACCGUGUCGGCUUCAUGGGCUUCACUGGCGAUCUUAUCCGCGACAUUCUCUCGGAGGGACGGGCGGUGGCCAUCUACCGCGGCGACAUCUACGACGUGACCGAUUACGUGAAGCAAGGCAACCAGGGUGUGCUUCGAGCUCCAGAUGGCUUCCAGGCUGCCGCCGGCACCAACCGAAAGUUCAUGAGCGAUGCUAUCAUCAGCCUGAUCACUCAGAACCCAGGCAAGGACAUCACCAAGCAGUUCGACAAUCUGCCUCUCGACGCUGAUGUGCUGGACCGUCAACGAGUCUGUCUGCGAAAUCUGUACUUCAUCGGAAAAGUCGAUCACCGCAACUCGCCGCAGUGUCGUUUCUCGCAGUACAUCCUCUUGGCUCUGUCCCUCUUCAUGGUGGCCAUCCUCGGAUUCAAGUUCCUUGCUGCUCUUCAAUUCGGACGCGCGCGAAAGCCAGAGGACCAUGACAAGUUCGUCAUUUGCCAGGUUCCCUGUUACACGGAGGGCGAAGAGUCGAUGCGCAAGACGAUCAACUCGCUGGCUGCACUCAAGUACGAUGACAAGCGCAAGCUGCUGUUCAUCAUUUGCGACGGCAUGAUCGUCGGUUCGGGCAAUGACCGUCCUACCCCACGCAUCGUGCUCGACAUUCUUGGCGCCGAUCCCAACCUGGAACCCGAGGCACUCAGCUUCCUCUCGCUCGGCGAAGGCAGCAAGCAGCACAACAUGGCCAAGAUCUACAGCGGUCUCUACGAGCACAGCGGUCACGUCGUCCCGUACAUUGUCGUCGCCAAAUGCGGUAAGCCGACCGAACGUUCCCGCCCCGGUAACCGUGGUAAGCGUGACUCUCAGCUGGUGCUGAUGCGAUUCCUCAACAAGGUGCACUUCGGUCUGCCCAUGAACCCGAUGGAGCUCGAGAUCUACCACCAGAUCAAGAAUGUCAUUGGAGUCAACCCGAGCUUCUACGAGUACAUUCUGCAGGUCGAUGCCGAUACCGAGGUCGAGGUCAUGUCGCUCAACCGCUUCAUCUCGGCUUUCAUCCGCGACAAGAAGGUCAUUGGUCUCUGCGGCGAGACGGCGCUCUCCAAUGCCAAGGCGAGCAUCAUCACCAUGCUUCAGGUCUACGAGUACUACAUCUCGCACUACCUGGCCAAGGCGUUCGAGUCCCUCUUUGGCUCCGUCACCUGUCUGCCCGGUUGUUUCUCCAUGUUCCGCAUUCGCACGCCCGACACGCACCGACCGCUGUUCAUCGCAUCGCAGAUCGUCGAGGACUACGCCGAGAACCGCGUCGACACGCUCCACACCAAGAACCUGCUCCACCUCGGUGAGGAUCGAUACUUGACGACGUUGGUGCUCAAGCACUUUGGCAAGUACAAGACCAUCUUUGUACGCGACUGCAAGGCUUACACCGUGGCGCCCGAUGACUGGAAGGUGCUGCUGUCGCAGCGUCGACGAUGGAUCAACUCGACGGUCCACAACUUGGUGGAGCUCAUCUUCACUCCCGGUCUCUGCGGUUUCUGUCUCUUCUCGAUGCGCUUCAUCGUCUUCAUCGAUCUGCUGUCGACCAUCAUCGCUCCCGUCACGGUGGCCUACAUUGUCUACCUGAUCGUGUUGGUCGUGACGCAGAACGGCACGAUCCCGCUGACUGCCAUCAUCAUGUUGGCUGCCAUCUAUGGUUGCCAGGCCAUCAUCUUCUUGCUCAACCGCAAGUUCGAGAUGAUCGGCUGGAUGAUCAUUUACAUUCUGGGUAUCCCGAUCUGGUCGCUCUUUUUGCCCCUCUACUCGUUCUGGCACAUGGACGACUUCUCGUGGGGUAACACCCGUGUCGUCAUGGGCGAGAAGGGUCAGAAGGUGGUGGUCCACGAGGAAGGUACGUUCGACCCGAGCGAGAUUCCUCUGCAGACCUGGACCGACUACGAGAACGAGCUUUGGGAGCGCAACUCGGCACGAUCGAUCGGGUCCAUCAUCGAGGCAGCACGAGCGGAGAACAAGUCGCUUGGCUCGCGCGCCGGUUCGCAGUACGCACCCAGCUUGUACGGUCAGCCGAUGUUGCCCAACAACGGAAGCUUUGGUCACAGUCCCUCGCCGUCGUUCGGCGGCACGCCUUCGCAUUACGGCGGCUAUCCUGCAGGUCCCGGGUCUCAGAUGGGAGGUGCUGGCAGCGGAUACUUCCCUCAGGAUGCAGCUCGCCAGUCGACGUACAGCCUGGCAGGUAUGCAGGGCGGAUAUGGUCAGCAGCCGAUGUCCAUGUACGGCCUGCCGGCUGGCUCGGUCUACGGCAUGCCGGCUGCCGGAAGCGGCUUCAUGCCUCAACCCUUCAACACGACGGCCAGCAUGUACGGCUACCCUCAAGCAGGUGCAACGCAGUCCAUCUACGGCGGCUCUCAACUCGGCUACGGCGGCUUCCCUGAUCAGCAGCAUGCUCAGCAACAACAGGCCAUGCCACGCGCAUCUGGCAGCGGCGGCUCCCAAAGCCCUCCUCGCGAGCCUGUCGCUGCAGGUCUGCCAUCCGACACCCAGAUCAAGCAGGACAUCCGCUCCCUCAUCGCCGAAGCCGACCUCACCACCAUCACCAAGAAACAGCUCAGAGCCAAGCUUGAGGCCAAGUACGGAACCUCCAUCGAGAGCAAAAAGGCUUUCGUCAACGCCGAGAUCGAACGCGUCCUCGCCGAGUCUUGA